GUCACCGGCGUGUGGGUGUUGCUGCUGGGGCUGGGGCGAACAGCCGGCGUCCUCCUAAGUAACGUGAUUGGCUUGCCACGCCCGCGUUGGAAGUAGGUAGGUGGUGUAUGCAUGAGCAGGAAGAGGAGAGAAGGAGGAGGCGGCGGAAGAGGCGGUGGGCCAGGGGAUCAUCACGGCGGCAAGGGGUCCGGCGGCGGCGCGACCGAUGCGGUGUCCAUGGAUGGUGGCCUCCGCGAGGUGUCGGUCUCCGUCGUCUUCUCCGUCUGGUGCCUCCUCUUCCUCCUCCGCUCCCAGUUCCUCCACAGCCAGACCGACGACCCUUCAGGUUCAACAUCCAUCUUUAGCUGCAUAAAUUUAAUUUGCAAAUUUUCUGAUCGAUCGAUCGAUUGAUGGAUGGACACAGACUUCUACGAGGAUCACGGCAAGCGCGACAGCUACUGCAAGGUGAUACCGCUGGAGGCCUACGUGUUGCCGUACCAUAACGUGUCCUCCCCAACGUGCCAGACCUCCUACUCGCCACGCCAAGAAGCGUCCGUGUCCCCACCGGGGCUGCCGCCAUCCAACGCGUCGUCGGCCGAGGCGGCCUUCGUGGGCCUCGACGAGUUCCGGAGCCGGAUCAUGCAGGGCAAGGCGGACAACGACACCGGCCGACCCGCCGACGGCGCCGCGCACCGGCUCGAGCCCAGCGGCGUCGAAUACAACUACGCUGCGGAGUCCAAGGGCGCCAAGGUGCUCGCGCACAACAAGGAGGCCAAGGGCGCGUCUAACAUCCUCGGCGGCGACAAGGACAAGUACCUGCGCAAUCCGUGCUCCGCUGACGACAAGUUCGUCGUCGUCGAGCUCUCGGAGGAGACGCUCGCCGACACCAUCGCGCUCGCCAACCUGGAGCACUACUCCUCAAACUUCAAGGACUUCGAGGUGUACGGCAGUCCGAGCUACCCAACGGAGGCGUGGGAGCUGCUGGGCCGGUUCACCGCUGAGAACGCCAAGCACGCGCAGCGCUUCGUGCUGCAGGAGCCCAAGUGGACGCGCUACCUCCGCCUGCGCCUCGUCAGCCACUACGGCUCAGGCUUCUACUGCAUCCUCAGCUACCUCGAGGUUUACGGCGUCGACGCCGUCGAACGGAUGCUCCAGGACUUCAUCGCCGGCGCCGGCCCCGAAGCCGACGCCUCCAAGGACCGCACCGUCAACGCCGCCAACGGGGACGUCGGCCGUAACGACACCACCGCUCAGCAGGGGCGCGAGGUCCACGCCAAGAUGGACGGCAGCGCCGGGCGGAACGAUAGCACCGCCGGAGACGCCAAGAACAACGGCUCCAGGGGGGGCGCCGGCGAAGCGAAGCCACCGACACAGGCCAAGGAGGCGAAGCCACCGCAGGUCGCGGCAGUGGCGUCGACGGGCCGGACCCACGGCGACGGCGUGCUGAAGAUCCUGAUGCAGAAGAUGCGGUCGCUGGAGUUGGGCCUGUCGACGCUGGAGGAAUACACCAGGGAGCUCAACCAGCGGUACGGCGGCAAGCUGCCGGACCUGCAGAACGGGCUCUCGCAGACGGCCAUGGCGCUGGACAAGAUGAAGGCCGACGUGCACGACCUCGUCCAGUGGAAGGACAACGUGACCAAGGACCUGAGCGAGCUCAAGGACUGGAAAUCGACCGUCUCCGGCAAGGUGGACGACCUGAUCAAGGAGAACGCGGGGAUGAGGGCGAGCGUGGAGGAGAUGCGGGGCACGCAGGAGACGCUGCAGAACAAGGAGCUGGCGGUGCUGUCCAUCAGCCUCUUCUUCGCGUGCCUGGCUCUCUUCAAGCUGGCGUGCGACCGCGUGCUCUUCCUCUUCGCUGGCAAGGAGGAGACGGAGGAGAGGAUGUGCAGGACCAGCAAGGCGUGGAUGCUCGUGCUGACCAGCAGCAGCUUCACCACCCUCAUCGUCCUGCUCUACAACUAGAAACUUUUUAGGAGUUAUGCUUUGCUAGCACGUCGCUCCGUGCUUCAGGUCAUCAGCCUAGUCCGUCCGCGUCGCCGUCUUCAGCCCUUCAUUUAUGCGGAGCACCAUCUUGAAGUUACUUUUUGCACUGUCCUGGUAGGUAAUUUAUUCCGCUAGGUGUCUCAAGUAGAUGGGUCACUGGGUAAUGUACUCUUUGGAAAUAA